AAAUCAUUUUAAUAAGUAAUUCAAAUUUGUUUUAAGAUAAUAAACGAUUUUAUUUUUUAAUAAUUUUAUAAAACAAAAAAAAAAACUAAAUUAUUUAAAAAUAUUUUAGGAAAUAAUUUUUUAACGAAUUAUAUUUCAUUGCUUAGUUUUUAAUACGCAAUGUUUCAAAAAAUUUUAAUUUUAUUCGCUAUUACUUCGGUUGUUUUAGUUGAUUCAACACCAGUUUCAAGUCCAUCACCACAACCAGAACCAAAACCAUUACCAAAACUGGAACCAAUUCCGGUAGCAUCACCACAACCAGAACCUAAACCAUUACCAAAACCGGAACCAAUUCCGGUAGCAUCACCACAACCAGAACCUAAACCAUUACCAAAACCGGAACCAAUUCCAGUAGCAUCACCAGCAUUUGCAUAUCCAUUUGGUUAUACUUAUUCAACAGUAUAUGCAACAUAUCCCACAUAUCCUUUAUAUCCUGUUUAUGCUUACUCAUAUUCAUAUCCAACUUAUUACAGAUAUUUCUGACAAUAUUGCAAAUUAUAGUAGGAUGGAUAAAAAGUAUAACAGCUACAGCUAUACAAUUAUAUUUUUAUAAGAGAAAAAAUUUUUUUUUUUUAGAAUAUAAACAAACUUUUUAGUUUAGUAAUGAAAAUUAUUUUAGUUGAGUAUAGUAUUUAAAUUAUUAUUUUGGUAUAGUUUAAAAAUUACUUUAGAUACAUAUGUUUAUAUGUAAUAAAGCGAUCACUUAUAAGAACAUACCAUUGAAAACUGUUAUCUAUAGAAGUACAUAAUAUAUACAUAGGUAUAUACAUAUAAAUAAAGUUAUUCGAAAAUAAGAAAAGAAAUUAUGUAAUUAAU